AUGGGCUGGCCAAAGUGCAACUCGACGGAUGAGGACCUGUCCAUCACCGAAGAGGCGAUAUGGCAUGGCCACACCUUCCAUACCAUCGGUCUCUGGGUCGCGGCAAUCUUCACCAUCGUCGCCCUGGCCGUGUCCUUCUUCCUCAUCGUCAUGCACGCCACGCAUUACCUGAAACCGUGGGAACAGAAGCACAUCAUCCGCAUCCUCUUCAUGAUCCCCAUCUACGCCGCCGUCUCGCUCCUUUCCUUCUACUACUACCGACACAGCGUCUACUUUGAAGUCAUCCGCGACUGCUACGAAGCCUUCGCCAUUGCCUCCUUUUUCUCCUUGUUGUGCGCCUACCUCGCUCCGGACUUGCACCAGCAAAAGAUCUACUUUCGAACCAUCACACCGAAGAAAUGGGUGUGGCCCAUGAAAUACUUUCAGAGUUGUACCGGGGGCCCGGAAAAGGGUUGGUUGAGAACACCCAAAAGUGGCUUGACAUGGUUCAAUGUGGUUUGGGUCUCGGUCUUUCAGUAUUGCUUCAUUCGCGUCUUCUUCACGAUUGUGUCGGUUAUCACGCAAGCCGUCAACCUGUAUUGCCUCGAAUCGCUGAGUCCCGCCUUCUCCCACAUCUGGGUCAUGGUCUUUGAAACCAUUUCCAUCACCGUCGCCAUGUUCUGCUUAAUCCAGUUCUACAUUCAGAUCAAGGACGACAUUCGCCAGCACAAGCCCCUCCUCAAAAUCACGGCCAUCAAAUUGGUCAUCUUCCUGAGUUUUUGGCAGACCAUUGUCAUCUCCAUCCUCACCAGCGCCGGCUUUAUCAAGGCCACCAAACGUAUCCAAACACCCGACAUCAAAGUCGGCAUACCCGCGAUGCUUUUGUGCAUCGAGAUGGCUUUUUUUGCCAUUUUUCACAUCUGGUCGUUUAGCUGGAAACCGUAUGUGAUCGGUUCCAAGGAACAAAUGUCCGAGACUGUCGCUGGGGAGGGGUCGACGCGCGUUUCCUACCAAGGCGGCUUUUUGGGGGUCAAGGCCAUUUUCGAUGCUUUCAAUGGCAUGGAUAUGCUCAGAGCGACGGGCCGAUCGGCGAGAUGGCUGUUUAAGGGACGGAAGAAUCGACGCAACGAGGACCCGAGUAGUUAUGACUUGUCCCGGAAAGACACCGAAGGCAGUGACUUUGGCGCCAAUGGCCAAAAAUUGAACACCCUGAACCAUCCAAGCGCCUACACGGGGGCUGCGGCCAAGCCACCUCGUUACAAUGUGGCCGGAGAUGAAGAAGGCGCCACGCUGCUCGCCAACAGCCAAAGUAUGCCGACUUCCCAGCCGCCGAUUGUUGGGACAGGCAGUUAUGGGGGCCAUGACUUCUACGACUCGAACAACGUGAGCGAUAUUGGACUGGCCUCGAGCUAUGACGACAAAUACAACGGGCGGUACGACCUCCCCCCACAGCAUCCGCCAGUGCAGCAGCCCUACGCGCCGUAUCACGAGUCAACCGGGGAUCAGGAAAGUGGCGUGGUUCCGGUGCCGUAUCCCGUCUCACGGACAGGAGAAGAACCCAGUUCACACCUGGGAGGUGGUCAAGACGGCCGGAGAUUAUACAUGACGCCCCCGAGGAGUCCGGAUCCGAGCACCAAGAAACCCGGUGGACCAGACGGGGUCGGGAACGGCGAAUUCUUCUAA